AUGGAGAAGAACUGUCUAAUUGCGACAUGCGACAGUAGAGGAGUUGAUACCGUUGCCAACACAAGUAUCGCAACGAGAACCGACGCUUUUGAACAACCCACUACCCGAAUCGGACGUCUGCAGGUGAGAAGAUGUGUUUCAACGUCGGCCUUGACCUUGAUCGACUACGCUUUGCCAUCAAGUAGCGAAAAAGAAAUGGAACGUAGAAAAAGCCGGAAAAUAGCAAAAGCGAUGUCCUCGUUGAUAGUCGCUUCGUUAGUUGACGUUUGGGAAAAGACACCUGUUUCCAGAAAAUAUAGAGCUAAUACGUCAGCCAGAACCCUUACGAACUACAGGCAAGCCACGAACUCACUUCCGAACUCGCGAGGUAGAGAAGUGAUAAAGGAAGACCUGGUAGAGAAGAGCAGUAGUCUUGGCUGA